AUGUUCAAUCACUGUCGAGAUGAUCUACAAGCUGACACCAUUGGCUUGACUUGUCCUUCACUGCGUUGUCGCCCCCAGCUCAAAAGCGGUUGCGCGACCUCAAGGCCCGGAUUUCGAAUCAGUCCAAGAAGAACUUUGUCUUGGAACGCGAUGUCCGCUAUCUCGACAGUCGUAUCGCUUUGCUGAUCCAGAACGUCAGUGCCUGACUCUGGCGGUCCUUACCAGUCCGCGCUCGACCGAGCUUGGGCAGAGGACUUCCCUGACGACGUAACUGACUCUUGGCCUUCACGAUGCCGAACAGCGCAUGGCCCUCGAUGAACGCGAGGAAGUGCGAGAACAUUUGGAAGACGUUGAUGAAGGAGCGGAUACACAGCUCGGCGAUCGGAAGACGCAGGUCGGUCCCAGGUCGAUGAUGGAGACUGAUCCCGGAUGUCAGACUGACGCCCCUUUCACCUUCGAUGAUUUCACCAACAGCAAUACUCGAAUCUCUUCUUCCUCCUUCAAUCCGAACCACGGCACAUCGCCGCACUGUGUCGACUCGUCUCACUUAGCGAGAUCGACACGCUAUUGCAAACCGUCAUGUUCACUCUUUACGGGAAUCAAUACGAGUCACGCGAAGAGCAUUUGCUCUUGACUAUGUUCCAGGUGAGUGGUCAACAUCGUUUCGACCGCUUCAGGAAACUGAUGAUCCUCUUUUCCUCCAUGACAGUCCGUGCUUUCGGCCCAAUUCGAGACGGCGACCGAAUUCGGAUCCCUUCUGCGAGCCAACACACCCGUCUCGCGCAUGAUGACGACCUACACUCGACGAGGUCCAGGACAGAGUUAUCUCAAGAGCGUGCUGGCCGAGCGGAUCAACAGCUUAAUCGAGCACAAGGAACUGAACCUCGAAAUUAACCCCUUGAAGGUGGGUCGACAAAAAGCUGGCCCGCGCAGAUCGCGAACACGAACGCUAACCAAGCGUGCUGUUGUCUUGUGCUCACAGGUUUACGAACAAAUGGUCAACUCGAUCCUCGACGAAACGGGCGAACUGCCCGAGGACUUGCCCAGAUCGGUCGCUCCCGAAGUCGCGGCCGCGAACCCGGAUGUGCAAAACAUCAUCGCGCCUCGCUUGACAAUGUUGAUGGAGAUCGCCAAUAGCUUCCUCUUGACCAUCAUGGACAGCAUCAACAGCGUGCCGUACGGGAUAAGGUGGAUCUGCAAGCAGAUUCGGAGUUUGACAAAGGUCAGUGCAUGAUAGCUGUGGACGAAUCGCGUUCGAAUUGGCUGACGCGACAGUCCGUCGACAGCGCAAAUACCCCGAGGCAACGGAUUACGCGAUCUGCUCGUUGAUCGGCGGUUUCUUCUUUCUGCGAUUCGUCAACCCCGCGAUCGUCACACCGCAAGCCUACAUGCUUAUCGACAGUCUGCCAGCCUCCGCCAAGCACCCGCGGCGGACACUGACACUCGUGAGCGGACGAUCGCCGAGAUGUUCGUACAAGGCUUCAUCUGACCUCGCACUCUGUCCCCUGUUCCCAGAUCGCCAAAAUGCUGCAAAAUCUCGCCAACAAGCCUUCGUACGCGAAAGAGGCGUAUAUGAUGUCGCUCAAUCCCUUUGUCGACAACAACAAGACGCGGAUGAACCAGUUCCUGAACGCUCUGUGUGAUGUCGGAGAUUUCUACGACACGCUCGAGGUGCGGUUGCAUUCGAUCUGAACUCGUACGAGCCUUCUAACUGACCAGAAGCGGUUUUGCCCCUUGUGCAGAUGGAUCAAUAUAUGGCACUCUCCAAGAAGGAUUUGCAGAUCAGCAUUACUUUGAACGAGUUGUACAACACGCAAUCGCUGCUCGUGCAGCAUAUCGAUUCCUUGGUAAGUCAGCCAGUCGGCGAGCUCUGGAACCGGUCAACCGGUGACUCGUGCUGAUUGUUACUUUUCUCCUCUCACAGGCUCGGAACGACAAGCAACAUCUCCGAAUCCUCCUCGACGAGCUGGGACCUGCGCCGGCGCAAGUCCCACGCAAGGAAAACCGCACCUUGGAACUCCCCCUCUAUUCACGAUGGGAGAUGCCGAUCCAAGACAUCACGACGGCCUUGAUGGCCGAGAACAACGUGACCCAAAACGACAUCCUCUACAUGGAAACCAAAUCGAUCUUUGUUCAACUAAUCCGUUCGAUCCCUCGAUUGGCCGAGCGUAAACCCAUCCUACUCCCAACGGUCGCUGAAACGGCCGCGACGGCAAAGGACGCGACGCUCGUUCGCAAGGGUAUCAAAGUUAAGGAGAUGUUGCGCGAAUUGGAGGAACUGCGGCUCGUCGAUCGUAAAGACGGGUACAAAUUAUUGACGGACGAAGUCUCGAACGAGUUGAUUCACCUCGGCAACUUGAGGGAAAAGGUCGUCCUCGAGACACGAUCGCUCGAAGCGGUCUACAAGACGAUCGGGGACCAUAAUGCGUAUUUGAGGUCACAGUUGGAGCAGUACAAGGCCUACUUGCAGAAUGUGAGGCAGACUUCGGGCGGGAAGGGCAAGAGCGCUGGAGUGGGCGUUGUUUCCGUGGCCGGGAAAGAUCAGAAGGCGGCUAAGAGUCAGGCGCUGGGACCGUUCAAGUUCACGCAUGCGCAGUUCGAGAAGGAUGGUAUCAUUGUCGAAACGAACGUACCCGAGAUUCGGUGAGUCUGGUUUGGUCUAGGGGGACGCCUGGGCGAGGAGCUUACCGCUCCCUUGCGUGAUUGUGCAGACGUGCAAGCAUCUUCUUUCUCGUCUCGUCUCCAACACCAGGAGCGUUUCUUAUUGCGUUGCAUUACAAGGGACGAGAGAAGGCGAUCCUCGAGAUGGAUCUCAAGAUCGACGACUUGUUGGAGAAGGUGAGUCCUGUCCACGAGCACAGGGGAACUCUCAGCAAUCAAGUGAGCUAAAAUUUGCUCUGUUUUUGUGGGUACGGCCUUGCAGCAAAAGGACGGUGUCGCACUACUGGACCUCGAAUAUGUCAGCCUCAACGUUCCCAAGGUGUUGGCACUGCUCAACAAGUGAGUCGAUCUGUGCUCUCGGUGGUGGGAUCCCACGUGCUGAUGGGGUGUCGCCUGCUGCAGAUCUUUUGUGCGGAAAAAGUGACAGCGCGUUGGCUCGGAAUAUCUUACUUUGACACUUGCUUUGUGCUCGUUGACGAGUUGGUCCUUAUGGCUUUUCUUCUAUCUUUACUGCUUGCAGUGCCAUUUUCUCGAACGCACGCUCUGAUCGGGGUCCUGUGUGACGAUAUAUCGUCUUCUUUUCCUUCUCUAGCUUUCUUUCCCACUCCUAUUAUCUUGCUCUUUUUCCCUUCUAAUUCGUGGGUGGCUCGACUUUACUCCUACCUUAUAUAUCCCGUGCAACCUAGGUUCUUGUUGACCCGGCCCCGGCCCCGGCGGCGUGCAUGGUUCGGGCGAGGCGGACGUGACCGCGGGCCGAGACGGUGAGUUGCGCGUGUCGUCCGAGGGCGAGUCGAUGCCGACGGCGUGCGUCAUCGAGCGCAUCGAGCGCCCAGGCGGAGCAGGGCGGAGCGAAGUCGAGGGAAGUCACUGGCAAGUUCGACCGUCUUAGACCGUCUUUCGCCUCCGAUCGCCCCUCGUUGCACCCUCGUUGCACCCUCGUGGCGCUCCUUCCUGCCUCCUACCUGCGCAUUCCCCCCUUCAGCUCAAACCGCACACCAUGUGAGCCCACGCCCCAGAGCCUCCUCAAGACCAGCACCCCAAGCUGACCCAACCUCGCCCUCCUCUUGCACCAGGUCCUACGCCCAAGUCGCCUCGCACAACACCUCCGGACCCCAGGCCGUGCCUGAUCCCAAUUUGCUCGAAGGCUCCAUCUCGCACGCUGGAGCGGGUGCAGGCCAGGCCACCGUCGAUGAGGGCGACAAGGUCCAUGGUCAGUACGACAAGAGUACACUGGAAGUAGUGUAGGAUCGUAAACUGAACCCUUGACCGUUCUCUUGAUCCCGUCGCGGCUCACUUUCCCCGCCUCCUUCUCCUCCUCCUCCUCCUCCUCCUCCUCCUCGUCCGGGCCCAUCCCGUCACCCCCCCCCCCACCUGCAAGUCGUCGACGCCGAGGCGGCGAGAAAGAUGCGAGAAGCGAUAAACCACGCCGACGAACACGCCUCGCACGAGUUCGACGAUCACCUCGCCCAAGCGCGUCGUGAAACCGAGCGCGUCACCGGCCAGGCUCCAGCCGCCCAAGUCCAAGCCCAAGCAAAAGACUCGGCCAAGACCGUCGAACGCAAGUCGCAAGAGACCGCUGACAAGGUCGAGCGGAAAGCUUCGGAUGUGGCUGGGAAAGCCGAGAAGAAGGGCAAGCAAGUCGUCGAUGAGGCGGAGAAGGACGUCAAGAAGGUUCAGAAGAAGGGGGAGGAAUACCUCGACAAGGCAGGGGACGAGUUGCGCAAGGCCAAGAAGACGGGGGAGGAGUACCUCGACAAGGCGGAGAAGAAGACGUCCGAGUAUGCGGACAAGGCCGAGAAGAAGGGCAAGGAGUUGUACGGUACGGCCGAGAAGAAGACCAAGGAGGUUGCAGCUGAGGCCGAGCAAAAGGGCAAGGAGAUGAAGGGCAAGGCCGACAAGGAGGUGAGCCACCCGAAGAAGGAGUCUGAGCGAGACAGGCAAGAGAACUAAUUCGAGGGUGGAUGAACGCAGGCCAAGGAGCUGGCAAAGAAGGCGAAGCAACUCGACAAGGAGGGCCGAGAGCUCGCACGAAAGUACCCGAUCGCAACAAGCGGGAUCCUCGGCUUGGGUGAGUUCGAGGGUUGUGGAAGUCGUUCAAGCGUGCCGAUACUGACCACCCCGAUUCCCUUGCCAGUCAACCUCGCCGCGGCUGGUGCGGCCGGUUUCUCGAUCUACAACUCGUGGAACACGCCUGCUCAAGCACGAACGCUCGCGACCUCGCUCGUGUCCUUGUUCGCGUUCUUCGGUGCCGAGGCGGCGUUGGGCUACCACGAGUACGAGGCGGACCAGCAGGAGCGUUUCAAGAAGCUGUAA